GUUGCAGGUGUCACGGGACCACACCAUUAAUACGGGCAAUACCGCACAAUUUGCCAUAUGAUAGAAUGUUCCCAAAAGGAGCAGUCACUUGCUUGUCACGGUAUUAAUAUGAACAGCUGGACAUAGACACUGUUCAACUUUAUCAUGGAGUUCUCAUCGAACAUCAGUGAAAACUAUACCUUCUCAAAUCCAACCAACUCAGCGAGCAAUAUCAAUACAACCGAAUCUAUCUACGGGACGUACGCUGAACGCCAAAUCUUGUCUGGAGUCGGAUUUGUCGCUUCUUUUGUCGGUCUCCUGGGAAACCUGGCUGUCAUUUUUGCCAUUCUGACUGUCAAGAAACUACAGACUAAAACCAAUGUGUUUGUUCUUAAUCUCGCCGUAGCCGAUGUACUGACCUGCACCGUGGCUCCUAUACAAGCGGUGACCAUCUUGAACGACGAGCGAGUCAUACCGUCUUGGUUGUGCAAACUUCUUGCGUUUUGUAUUAUAACUUGUAUUGGCUGCAGUAUUAACACCCUGGCCUUAAUUGCCGUCAACCGACUGGUUGGUAUCACGACUACGGCUAUGUACCACAAACUUUACACCCGUUUCAAGCUCUUCCUGAUGAUCUUCGUGUCAUGGGGCGUGCCCGUUGCUGUAGCCACUAUCCCAGUCUUCACCAAUUACGCCAAAUAUGGAUUCAACCCUAUCUACAAAUCCUGCACUUGGUCCUCCAACGAAACCUACAAUUUCACGUACUCAAAGUUCAUUGGUACAGUGUAUUUCCCUCUCCAGUUAACCAUCCUCUUCAUCAGCUAUUUGAAAAUCUACUUGUAUGUCAAAAAGACAAGUAAAGCGAUGCUUAGACACGACGAAAGUGGAAACAACAAAGGAGCAGGUCCGACAACACUUCAAAGACAACUUUGGAAACGUCAAGUGACUGUUACCAAGAACUUGUUCACAGUGGUAUGCUUGUUCUUCCUCUGUAUGGGUCCGUUCUGCGCAACAAUUGGACUGCCAAUCAAUGUCGGCAAAAGCCUCCUGUCCUACGCAUCCGUGAUCCUCAUGAGCAACAGUGCAGUCAAUCCGAUCAUCUACGGAACUAAACACCCGGAUUUCAGGGCGGCGUUUGCUCACAUCUUGCGUUGUAGGAGAGAGACGUGUAGAUCUCAGAAGGCACUCUCGGGGCAGAAUCGUGCCAAUAUGACAACUAUAUCUGCAAGCAUUCCACGAGAGCUCGUGUAACCCUUUACAUUGUUAAUGGAUAUUUAGCCUAAAUUCGAGUCAUUUGC